GGAUAACAUGGGACUGUAUCUUCUUCAGUGUUUGUGUUCUGUAUAAUGUUCUGUGUUUUGGGUUUGUGUUCAACAUAACCUCAUAUAGUAUGUUUAUGUCUUGUAUGUUGUAUUUGUGUUUACGUUUUUAAAACAGAAAUCUUAACAAUUAAACAUGCAUCGGCGUGGUGGUAAAAAAAUUCGCAUGGAUGAUCCUCCUCCUGAAUUUGAAUCUCCAGUAAUCCAUACAGAAGAUCAUUAUGGAGGCAAUUAUAUGCCACAGACCCCGUAUAGAGAUUCUUACAACGAUCAAGCUGCUCCAUCUACUAGUGUAGAUUUUGAGUCUCCUCCUACUCCUGGUAUGAGAAGGAUUACUAGGUCCAAAGCGAGAGGCGUCAAUAACCCGCCACCUCCCACACCUUCUUAUUCACCACCUAGCCGAGAAGGUAGGGGCAGAGCUAGAGGAAGACCUCCGGGAAGAAAAAAUAAUGUUGGAGAAAUAAUUCGCGCUGAGACUGAGGAUGCUUCCUUAUAUCAUAUAAUCAGAAAUAGCAAAGCAUCUUUGACCAACAUUGUCGAUGAUUGGAUUGAGAGUUACAAAAUAAACCGGGAGGAAGCUCUUAUCUCUCUCAUGCAAUUCUUCAUCAAUGCUGCUGGUUGCAAAGGCCACAUCACCCAACAAAUGCAGGCAACCAUGGAGCAUGCGGCCAUUAUUAGAAAAAUGACAGAGGAAUUUGAUGAAGAAAGUGGUGAAUAUCCUCUGAUAAUGGCAGGACAAUCUUGGAAAAAAUUCCGGCAGAACUUCUGUGAUUUUGUGCAGACACUGGUUAAACAGUGUCAAUAUACCAUCAUUUAUGAUCAAUUUUUAAUGGACAAUGUUAUUUCACUGUUAACGGGACUUUCAGAUUCACAGGUACGAGCUUUCAGACAUACAGCAACGUUAGGAGCUUUAAAGCUAAUGACUGCUCUAGUGGACGUAGCUCUUACAGUGUCAAUAAACCUGGAUAACACCCAGAGACAAUAUGAAGCAGAGCGACAAAAAACACGUGAAAAACGUGCAAGUGACAGGCUGGAAGCAUUGCUGGCAAAACGGCAAGAGUUGGAAGAAAACAUGGAUGAGAUUAAAAACAUGUUAACAUACAUGUUCAAGUCGGUGUUUGUGCAUAGGUACAGAGAUACGUUACCAGAAAUACGAGCCAUAUGCAUGACCGAAAUUGGAGUUUGGAUGCAUAAGUUCCAUGCCAACUUUUUGGAUGAUUCCUACCUGAAGUAUAUUGGUUGGACAUUGCAUGACAAGGUUGGUGAAGUGAGACUACGUUGUUUACAAGCCUUACAGCCUUUAUAUGCCAACGAGGAAUUGAAAGGCAAAUUGGAGUUGUUCACAAACAAAUUCAAGGAUCGCAUUGUAGCGAUGACCCUCGACAAAGAGUAUGAUGUAGCUGUGCAAGCUGUCAGGCUGGUCAUCUCUAUUUUGAAGCAUCACCACGAAAUUCUCACUGACAAGGAUUGUGAACACGUAUAUGAAUUGGUAUAUUCGUCCCACAGGGCAGUUGCACAGGCAGCGGGUGAGUUCCUGAACGAACGACUUUUCCAGCCUGGAGACGUUGAAGCCGGAAAGACAAAAAGGGGGAAGCGCAGACUGCCGAAUACGCCGUUCAUCAGAGAUUUGGUGCAGUUCUUCAUUGAAUCUGAGUUGCACGAGCACGCUGCGUAUCUCGUAGAUUCGCUAAUAGAGUCAAACAACAUGAUGAAGGAUUGGGAAUGUAUGACUGAUCUGCUACUAGAAGAGCCAGGACCUCAUGAGGAACCUUUAGACAACAGGCAAGAGACUAGUCUUAUAGAAAUUAUGGUAUGUUGUGUGAAACAGGCGGCAACUGGCGAGGCACCAGUGGGUAGAGGACCUACUAGAAAAGCGUCUUCAAUGAGAGAAAUGAAGCAGACUGGCGAAGAUAAACAGAAAUUGACAGAACACUUCAUUGUUACUCUUCCUCCUCUGCUGGAUAAAUACUCGGCAGAUCCGGAGAAGCUGUCUAAUUUGUUGAGUAUCCCCCAAUACUUUGAUCUAGAUCUGUAUACUAGCGGUCGACAGGAGGGUUCACUGCAAGCUCUUCUUGCGAAACUGAAGUAUAUUGCUCAAGUUCACCAUGAACCAGAGGUGUUAGAAACGCUUGCAAAAACAUUGGAGGUCCUUUGCACUGAAGGUCACUCGAUUUAUACCAAAUGUGACGUAGAACGAUCAACAAUCAUAGACAUGAUCGUAGAAAACUAUAAGGAAGCAAUAGAUGAUUGGAGAAAUUUGCUAUUAGGGGAGGAAGAACCAAAUGCCGAUGAGGUUUUUAACGUUACUAGUACACUGAAGAAAGUGUCUAUGUUUUAUGCUUGUCACAACUUAAACCAGUGGAAUUUAUGGAAUACACUGUUUCAAGAUGUAAAGGAUACAGAAACAGGGUUGCCAGCCGAAGCCCAGAAAUACUGCCUGAGUGCUUGCUACUAUGCUCUACUGUGGGGACUUCGGGACGUAGAAGCCCAGAAUGAGGCUUCCACCUUGACUCACUCUGUUGUUCAAGAACUUGCAAGCAAACUGGGAGCAUUCAUGGAUGCUUCGCAGGAUCUGAUAAGAAAUUCGCCACAUGCAGUCAUCAAAGAAGAGGCAUAUAUAGGUCUAUGCGAUUUAUUGAUCAUCUUCAGCGAGCAACUUGGGAGCACCGGCGGUGAACAAUUGGCGGACUUGAUCUGCAAGCCAGAUAGGAACUUACAGGUUCUCCUCAAUGAAUUUGUACAAACGUACGUGUUUAUACCGGAACAAGAUGCUGAACACGAUGAACAUAGGAUAGAAGAACUCCAUAAACGUCGUAAUUUCUUAGCUGCCUUUUGCAAACUCAUAGUAUAUAACAUUAUGUCAACGAAAGCGGGAGCUGACGUAUUCAAGCACUACGUGAAAUACUACAAUGAAUAUGGAGAUAUAAUCAAGGCAACUUUGAGCAAAGCCAGAGAAAUAAAUAAAGUCAACUGUGCGCUCACAAUGUGCCUAAGUUUGAACAUGUUGUUCGAGGAAGUUCUAAAAUUGACCGGAGGAAAAAACCCAAGACAGCACGAGGAGUUCUUUGCUUUAAAGGAAUUAGCAAAACGGUUUGCUUUAUCAUUCGGCCUGGAUGCUGUGAAAAAUCGUGAAGCAAUCACUACUUUGCAUCGAGCUGGCAUCUUGUUUGCUGUGCAGGGUAAUGAUGAUUCCACCACCACCCUUGACCCUACUUCUACGCCACCAAACCUGCCAUUCCUGGAAAUACUUGCAGAAUUCACCAACAAGCUGCUGAAGCAAGACAAGAGGGUGGUUAUGACGUUCUUAGAUAGAAGAAUCACUACUGGUAUGCCGAGUAGUAGAAAUGAAGAGUGGCAGCCAUUGGUGUUGUAUAGGAACUCCCUAUUACACGGCGAGACUGACCAGCCUCCGACCACUAGUAAACGUGCGUACGGCAGAAAGAGGCACAGAUCACCCGACUCUGAUCAAGACCAAGACGACCUGUCAGAUCAAGAGUUUCCUGGGAACCUUUAUGGUUGAAAUUACAUUGAUACAAGGCGUGUCAGAAAAACAAGUCAAUUUAUCGUGUGCGUAUGGAACACAAAACUUAAUUCCACAAGUUCCUAUAAAAAAUGUCCUACGGAGAUACAGGCCCCUAAAGAACGCUACCAGAAAUCGAUUUCUCUCAAAUAACUUUGAAUGAUAUACUGUAGAAUUCACCAUCAUAUGAUGACGAUAGAAGGACUAACCCCAACGCAAUAUAGAUAUUUUUUUUACAGCCUGUAUCAUAAUAGUCCAACAUUUUUGAAAAUCCUGACCUUUAAACUGAAAAAAAUGUACUCUUGUUCGAUACUGUUCCUAUCGAUUUCCAUUGCAGCCACUCCUCCAAAAAAACUGACAUACCUAAAGUGUACUCGAAUGAUUGAAAAUUUAAAUCCGGGGUCUAAUAACAAGUCUGUCAUCAGAAUUACAAUAUUUCCAAAAUGGAAUAUACUGGAUCCAGUGGCAAAAUUGAUAGAACUCUAUUAAGGGUGUUUUUCUGAAAACUGUCCCAUAUUUGUGAUUUCAAACAGAAGUACAUUUUUUCAGCUUAAGAGUCAGGCUUCCAGAAAAUGUCUAUGUACCGACUGUAAAAAAUUAGCAACAUCGAGUUGGGGUUAGUCUGUUCCUGACGACCUAAAUUAAGCGAAUUGUUUUCCAUGGAUAUCAUCAUGCGAGUCCACAACCAGUUAUUAAUCUUUCUAACUCCACAAUGUCGUUUAAAACUUAUUUGAGAAAAACCGACUUCUGGCAGUAUCCUUUAGGGACCUGUAUCACUGUAUAUGACGAUGUGGCAUUAUUUCGUUAUAUUCUAUAUCCAUUCGAGAUAUUGGCAUGUUAUUAUAAAUUAUUAUAGCAGUUAGCACUGAUAAUGUUAAGACGGGAACACAUAAUUGUCAAGUCGCGUGAACUGACAAGCUAUAACGAUAACUCACGAUACUUGGAAUCUAGCUGACGCAAAAAUAUGUACUUCCAAUAUAGUAUAGGUACCUUAGACCCCCAUGCUUUUGUGAAUCCAUCAAUUUUGAAUUUGAUAUCUGUAUUUGCGUGAUGGCAUAUGCGUUGACGCGACGUCACAAUAAUGUCUCGCCUUUAUUGUUCAGUAUUAUGUAUUAGAAAUAAAAGUAUAAUACAUACAUUCAAUACAAUUACCACCCUUUAGUUUUUGUUAUGGGAGCCACAUACUCAACGAUCCGAAAUAGGUAGAAGAAGCAAUCAUGCGAUUUGUCUUCCACGAUAUCCUAGUCGGUAGUCAGGAAGCAAGUGUAUACUAUCAGCCGCUAAGACUUACGCCGCCAAUUUGACAGUUCUUGACACUUCGCAUUAAACCUUAACUACCAUGGCUAAAAACAGUAACAUGUAUACCACGUCAGGGUCAAAUUUGACACCUUUGUUUUUUUUUACAUAAAAAAUAAAAUUUUUUACCUUGAUGUUAUUUUUUUUUCAAC